UGCUGAUAAGUGAAUUGGAGCCGCAUGAUGUGCAGAAGUCAAGUAUUCCUUUUGAUCUGCGUUUCCUGACGAGUUUAUAUUUUUAUGGGCAUGGCUCGUAUCAAAAAUGCGUUGGUAAUAAUUAUAUGCUCUCUAUGAGCCAAACCUCAGUAUCAAGAGCUCUGCACUUUAUUUCAAAACUAAUUGUUGAUGUUAAGGGAAGCGAAAUUUAUUUCCCUUCAAGCGCGCAGGAUGUGUCAGAUGCAAAGAAGGGUUUUUACACGAAAUUUGGGAUCAAGGGCACAAUCGGCGCAAUCGAUUGUACCCAUAUUGGGAUUGUUUCACCCUCAACUACAGACGCCACUACUCCUCUCUCACUUUUUAUGAACCGGAAAGGAUUUUACAGCCUUAAUGUAGAAGCAGUACGUAAUGUUCUAUAUUGUUACAAAAGUAGUAUUAAGUUGUAUUUGUAUUGCUAUAUGCAUCCCUUAUUAUGAACAAUAGCUGUAGGUAUAUGGAAUAGCAUUUGUCUUGUUGUAGACAUCUGGCGCCGCGGCUGUCUGCUUGCCGAAACAAUAGACAUCUGGCGCCGCACUGUCUGCUUGUCUAGGUAAACAAUUGCUGAGUCUGGCGCCGCGGCUGUCUGCUUGCAUCUGGCGCCGUAUAGCCGCAUGUUCUGGUAAUUUCCAGACGCAAUAUUCUAGAAGGACACGUCGGCAUCAUCGAGAAGUGCGUGGCUAUAUAAGUCGUGGCAGCGCCAACGUAAUCAAUCAGUGCUAAGAGUAAACUGCUAUAGUGUAGACGAGUUGUGAAAUAAAAAGUUGUUGAAUUAAAUUAAACAGUUUUGGUUUUAUUUGUCAAUCCAGAGAUACGAACCUAACAAAGUAAACUAGCAAGCAGUAAAAUCGUAACAAUUGGUGUCAGAGGUGGGAUUGUCAAAUAAUCCAAAUUCAAGAUGGUUAAAUUCGGAGAAUUGAGAAUUCAGCAAUUAAAAAGGAACUGGAGGAGCGUAAUUUGCCGAUAAGCGGGCAAAAGGCGGAUCUGCAGGCACGAUUACGUGAAGCAAUGGAAGCGGGUGGAAUUAAUGUGGACGAGUUCGAAUUUGAUGGGCCAGAAACUUCUACAAAGGUAGAAGAAAAAGUAGAAGAACAACGAACAUCAAGUGUAGACAUGAACAUGCUGUUAGUGGCUAUACAGAAAAUAGCUGAAAAUACAGAAAAUGCAGUGCAAACAGGAAAUCGUCUGACACAGCAAAUGACGCAAAUAGCUGAAAAUGCAGAAAAUGCAGUACAAACAGGAAAUCGUCUGGCACAGCAAAUAGCCGAAAAUGCAGUGCAGGCAGAAAAUCGUCUGGCACAGCAAAUAACGCAAAUAGCUGAAAAUACAUCACAGUUAGAGUCUCGCCUUACGCAACAAAUAACUGAAAAUAAUACGCAGUUAGAAAAGCGUUUGGUACAACAGAUUACAGAAAAUAAUACACAAGUGCAAGAGAAAUUUUCAUAAUUUGAAGACGAAUUAAGCACGUUAAAAAAAUGACGAAGAAAAUUUAAGAUCAGAAUUUCUUCAACUGAGUAAUCGUGUGCGAGAACUGCAACUACAUGGCCCUGCACGAUCAACAAAUAAUCAAAGAUUGAAGGCACCCACUUUCGAUGGAAGUAUUCCAUUUCAAAUUUUCAAACUUCAGUUUGAAAAGACAGCAAUGGCCAAUAAUUGGAA